AUGUCGCCCUCGUCGUCUGACCGACUCGGUUAUCCAUUUUCCACCUUCCUGGACCAACAUUCUGCCCAGCUGAACGCAUCGGCGGUUCCACCGGAGCUAUGGCACAGCCUGUACCGAAAACUAUCGGAUCAAACGUUCGACGCCGGCGAUCACUUUCAAAUUAUUUGCGAAAUGGACGAAAACGACGAGAAGAAGACGUUGUUUGUGCGCGCGCUCGAGGAUAUGCAUAAUAAUGAUGAGGAAAACAUCUUCCUGAUCGACCACUUCAUCUCGUUUCCCGCGGAAUCGGCACGGAAAUGUGUCGAAUCCAAUGAGAAACUUCCUGAACGCCUUGCCGCGCUUUUUGGCAUCGAUGACGACGAUUGCUCAUCUGAUGGCGAUGAAACCGUCGAAAAAAUCGAAACGAGCUGCGAAAAAGAGGAAGAAGAGCACGCUAGACGGCUCUCGGAGCCCGGAUUACCACGUCACGAGUCUGUCGACGCGCGGCUCUCGUCGUAUUCUGUGGACGAUCCGAAGAAGACGAUGACGGAGAGAGUGAUGCGGAAUUUGUGGAAAUUCGCGCAGACUUAUACGGUUUCCUAUCAAUUGGAGAACGGCGAGAUGGAGAAGAAGCACGUCUGGUACGUCAUGGACGAUUUCGGCUCGCGAAUCCGUCAUUCCGGAUGUCCCAACGUCCGAAUUGUCCCCUUGAUGUUUUUGCCACAAAACUGCGCCUACAGUAUCAUGUUCUUGACGAAACCUGUGAAAAUCGACGACGAGAUUACGAUGGAUUGGGCGGCGAACGUUAUCACGGCGAAGAAUCCCGAAUGGAGACAGUAUCUGGAGAUGCCGUGGGCUGAAAAGGAUUUCUCAUCGGAAUCCAUGGUCCCUGGCCCACCAACUCUCGAAUAUUUCACGUCCGGCCGGAAUCCGGACUUUUUGGCCGACGAAAAGGACAAGAAGACGUGCGAAUCGGCGAUUUUUUCAGCACUUUCAGUGCUGAAAAAACAGGGAAAAAUUAAGAUUUUUUUGCAGAUCUUCGCCGAUGACACUCAGCUCACCGAGCACUUGAAAUCGCGUCAAAUCGAGUACGUGGACGAUUGGAAGGCGGCCGACGUCAUCUGGAUGAUCAAGCACUUCCACGACUACAGUAACCUCGCCCAAGAGAAUCCAUGCGCUCAAAUCAAUCAAUUCCCGUUCGAGUCGUGUAUUACUGUAAAGGACCUUCUGGCGGCGUGUGCCAUGAGAGAUCCAUCGAAAAACGAUUGGUAUCAGUUGACCUACAAUCUGAAUACCCAGUUGCCAGAAUUCGUGGCUCGGUUCCAAAAUCGGCAGAAGAACGGCGAGCACAAUGUGUGGAUUGUCAAGCCGUGGAAUUUGGCGAGAGGCAUGGAGAUGGCGGUCACCGACGAUUUGAAUCAGAUCAUUCGGAUGGUCGAAACCGGCCCAAAGAUCGUCUGUGAGUACAUUGCCCGCCCGCUGCUCUUCCCGCGACCAGACAACGGGAACAAAGUGAAAUUCGACCUUCGCUACAUUGUUUUCGUGAAUGCCAUCGGUCCAGUCACCGCCUACGUCUACAAUCGAUUCUGGAUUCGUUUCGCGAUCAACCAAUUCCAAUUGGGCGCCUACGACGAUUUGGAGACGCAUUUCACGGUGUUCAACUAUUUGGACAAGGAGAAAGUGCUCCAGAUGAAGUGCGAAAAAUUCGUUGAAAUCAUCGAAAAAACGUAUCCCAAGCUGAAAUGGACGCAAAUCCAGGCGGAUAUCAAUUCGACGAUUCGAAAGGCGAUCGAGGUGGCUGCGAGCGAGCCAUCGCCACGUGGCGUCGCCCCUAACACCCAGUCUCGUGCCAUGUACGGUGUCGACAUCAUGCUUCAAGAGUCUCCAGAAUCGCCGGACGUCAUCAAACCCACACUUUUGGAGAUCAAUUUCAUGCCGGACACCACGCGCGCGUGCCAAUAUUACCCGGAUUUCGCGGAUACCGUAUUCGACACCAUGUUCCUUGAUGAAAUCGAUCCGACGAAGGUUACGCCGAUCUAA